AUGGGAAACCUUGGAACCGAGGGAGAAUCGACAGGCUCAGACUUCAUAGAAGAACUCGAGGUGGAGACCUCGUCAGAGGGAUACUAUGUCAACGUCCAGCCCAUGUGGAGCUUCAACGAUUGGGGCAUCGUCCCUGGCGCCUUGCUCAUGCCUCAAUGUGUUGCAGCUUCAUACCGGACAGUCCCACUAGGCUUCCAUACUCACAGCGUCCAAACCCACUUUCUCGGCAAUGGUACGGUGACGAAACGUGCUACUUAUCGCGUGGAGAAUCUCAACGAUGGAAAGACCUUCGCUACCAGUAAAGUCAAGGUCGAGCAGGAUAGCAAGACCAUUGUGUUGACGACAGUUGGUUUCGCCAAGAGGGCGUCGGUCGCGGGACGAGGGGUAGCGGUUGUCGAGCACGCAGUCCCUGUUGUGAUGAGGUUCGAUACACAUAUUCUGCGCAAAUUUAUCCUGACUUCUCCAGGCCCCUCCCCAGCAGCCGAAUCAAAGCUCGCACGACAUUGGCUCCGCGCAGAUGGCCCCGUCUCAACGGAAAACGGUAAUAUGCAAAACGUCCUCGGCCUCGUCGCCCUCUCCGAUAUCUUCCUCCUAGACUCAGCGCCCCGCAUCUACGGACUGGGAUUCGACCUCACGACGGAGAAAUCUCCGAGUGAGCGUUUGGCGAGGGAUCUCAAGGCCAUGACUACUAUCAACCACAGUAUCCAUAUCGUCAAUGUGGAUGCGGCGCGAGUGGAUGAGUGGGUUUAUGUGGAGUGCAAACUCCAUGGGCGAGCAGUGGGAGGAUUAUAG